UUUACCACCGGAAGUAGGAAGUGUUUAUAGCAGGAAGCUAAGCUAACAAACAAACCACCAAAACUUAGGCAACCCAAACCCUGUAGAGGCUUCAGACUCUGGAGGAGCCGCCGGUGUGAUUUUUUUCUGUUUUUGCAGGGUUUCUCAGGAGUCAGGAUGAGUCUGCAGUGGACGGCCGUGGCCACCUUCCUCUACGCUGAGGUUUUCCUUGUUCUGCUUCUCUGCAUCCCGUUCAUCUCACCCAAGAGGUGGAAUAAGAUCUUUAAGUCCCGUCUCAUGCAGACCAUCGCCCUCUACGGAAACACUUCGUUCAUGGUGGCCAUCGCCAUCCUCGUCUUCCUCCUCAUCGAUGCGUUUCGUGAGGUGAGGAAGUACGGCGUUCCUGAGAAGGUGGACCUGGCCAACAACCCGACGGCCAUCGAACACAUCCACAUGAAGCUGUUCAGAGCUCAGAGGAACCAGUACAUCGCCGGCUUCGCUCUGCUGCUCUGCCUGUUGCUGCGCCGCCUCGCCACGCUGCUCUCCCAGCAGGCAUCACUCAUGGCCUCCAACGAAGCCUUUAAGAAGCAGGCGGAGGGCGCCAGCUCUGCUGCCAAGAAAUACAUGGAGGAGAACGAAGUACUGCAAGAGAAACUCACCGAGGCCGGCAUUGAUGUACCCGAGGCUGGAAAGAAGGGACCAGGACCUCAGGAGGAGAACAAGACCCUGAAAGAGGAGGUGAAGAGCUUGAAGGAGGAGCUGGAUACGACCAAGAAAGCUCUACAGAAGUCAGACAGCGACGUUCGUGCAAUGAAGAAACAGGCUGAGAAUCUGACGGUGGAGUACGACAGACUGUUGGACGAACACAGCAAACUACUGGCGACCAGUGACAAGAAAUCAGACUAAAAAGGAUGUGAGGUUUCCAUCUGGUCUCGCCGUCAUCUUCAUCAUCCUCACCGUCCUCUGAAACAGUCUGCCGCCUCUUCAUCCACCUGUCGUCUCUUCAUCAGCUGAUGUCGACGCAUGGCUGUCAUUGGUUCAUCAAAUGAAGUCGGACUUUCAGGAAACUCAAGAUAAAACUGUCAAACUGUUAUUUGUCACCGGUGAAGUUUUUUUUGUUGUUGUUGUUUUUGGGAGGGUGUUUUUUUCUGUUUCUAAUGAGCAGAAUUUCCUUUCGAUUUAUUUUGACCAUUCCCAGUUUUUCUUCUGCUGGAGACCAAAAAAAGUCAUGAUUACUUCAAAGACGAACAAGAUUCAUUCCAAAAUACAAUGUCAAAUCAAGGACAGACAUUUCUCUUUAAGAAUCAACAGUUAGAAUCCUUUUUUUUUUUUUUUUUUUUUAAAGACGUUUUCUGCACAAAUACACUGUUCAUUCCAAGAUUACGGUCCAUUUUUAAUUUGACAAACAUUUCUCUCCUGUAUUAAAAGCUGAAGGUAAAGUUUUGCACGUUCAGAUGUAAAAUCAUCGGUUCACAUGUUACUCUUUAAUAUCAGUUUAAGAAUCCAUAGGUUGAAUGUGUGGAACAAAAAACUGUAAAAUCCUGUCUUUGUUUUCUGGUUUUUCAUAUAUUUGCCGUGUCCAGAACUUUAUUAUGAAUGUGGAAAAACACAAACACUGACAUUAUUGAUCAGAGCAGAUGAAGUGAAUGUGAACCUGUGUGUUCUGCUCAUGGUGACCUUGUUUUGUUCAUUUCUGUGGAUUUUUUUAAACUUCCACGUCCAUGUUUUGGUGAAAUAUCUUGGUUCUCACUUCGGUUGUUGGUUUGGUGGAUGACUUUUGUCCAGUUUACCGUUUGUUUCACGUGGCUUUAAGGCUGAAACAGUAUUAAUCUGAAGUCAUCACCUUCUUCCAAUGGUUUUGUUUUUUUUUUUUUUUACUUUUCAAAUUAUUCAUACAAGGUUUAAAUAAAACUGUUCAAAUGUAAACAACUCGGUCUGAAAACCUCUCCUGUUGGUUUUGAUACUUUCACAUGUAAAAAUGUUCUGCUUGUUCUUCAAGUGAAUAUAAAGAUGAGUUUAAAGGUAAAGUUAUGUUUGAAAUGUGAAUAAUUUCAGUUUGAUCUGAACCAGAAACGCAAAGAUAAUACUACCUGUCAUCAGUAUUUCGGAGUCAUUUGCUGCUCUUUCUUGGAUUUAACGAUAAAGGUGAAUUUAGUUUUAUUAGUUAUAGGUGAUUAUUAGAAUACAUUUUUGAUCCAAUAUAGUUAAAUUCUCUAAUAUUGGCUGGAUUAAGCUAAUGGGAAAUGACACAAAAUUAGCCUGACAGAUUCAAGGCUUGGGAGAAAACCUUAAAUCCACGUUUUGUUUUUUUUUAAUUAAUAAAGAAAAUGUAGGUAAUCUUCUCCCUCAUUAAGGUUAAUUUGCUUUAUUAUCCCCAUCAGGAAAUUCAGUCUCUGAGUUUUACCCAGUCUAAUGCACACAGUACCUAGCAUUAGCAUUAGCCGUUAGCUUUGGCGGUUAGCACUAGCAUUAGCGGUUAGCUUCAGUAGCAGUUGAGCCGUCACUGAAGGCGCUCAGGGACCAACUCCAUGUUCAGGGACGGUAGAAUUAACGUUUAUGUGCCUGUUUUUAGUGUUUUCAAACCAGAGGAACCUGGCAUGGAACGUAACGAACAAACACGACGCGGAAAAGGCCCUGGUCCGGCCGGGAAUCGAACCGUCUAACUCAGGUGGACAUUCACACCACAACACCACCGUUAGCAUCACACAUUAGCAAUGUGUUAAAGAAAAGACAGUUUAUUUAACUGAAUCUGACACGUUUUAUUUAGAAGUACUGAUGACAGAGUAGUCAACGCAGGUAGAACCACAGAACUUUGGUCAAAAUGAAGCAGUGACAACACUACUAUUGACUGUUUAUUUAAAAAAAAAAAAAAAAAAAGUUACUGCAGAUUAAUUAUGGUGUUUAAAAACACUCCAGAUGUUGUACAUGUGGGUGAUUUGGGGCAAACAUUGCAUUUUCUGUUGUGGAAAAUGUAA